CGAAGAACUUGCAGCCCCUGGUGGUUUAUGAUUAGGACAAUAUUUGUCAGACGAACCAAUUUUUUUGAGGGGUUAUAGGUUAUAGGUGGCGAUGGCGCCUCGUUGCAAGGCAGUUUCUGGCAGGGCCGGUCGAUCGGCCGGUUAGAUUUUUGUGGUUGACCAGUUGCAUUUUGUUUGCACUCUUUAGAAAUCGAGUAAUUAUUGUAGAAAUCGGAUUUAAUUUGCAAUUUUUUCCCUAAGUUGGAAAAAGCCGGACAGAGAGAAAAGCCGGCCAUAACCAAACUGCCAAAAAAGGAGGACAUGUCCGGCUUUAGCCGGACGUCUGGCAACCCUACUCAAACGAGAUGGCUGUCAGUACACUUUGUGGUACGUAGAAUUUUAGAACAAUUCGGGGCUUUGCAAUUAUUUUUCACCGAUGCGGUAAGCAAAAAAGAUCUUUUAGCAGCUGAAAAUAUAUUACAUAAAUUAAAUGAUCCGACUACAAAGUUGUUUCUUCAAUUUCUGGAUUUUGUAUUACCGUUCUUUAAUAGUUUGAACCGAGAGAUGCAAGCCGAAAGACCAAAACUUCAUUUAUUGUAUCGUAACAUUUGUAACAUUCUAAAAGCCAUUUUCGAUUGUUUUAUUAAACACCCUUUGGAGGUAAAGUCGGGUUCAAUUCCAUCUAUAUCAGAUGUAGCUAUUUUAUUUCCCAACCUAAUUGAUGAAAGCAUGCUACAACCUCUGGAUAACGAAUGGCGUCUUUUACGAAAUAAUAAUGAAAUCCUAGCCUUUCCGGAUGACGUUUUCUUAAUCUGGAAUGAAGUUAACAAAAUUGAAAGCGGUGAUGGGACUUCAAUGUUUCGAACAUUAGUGAAUUUUGUUUUCAAUAUUUUAAUUUUACCACAUUCAUCCGCAAACGUUGAAAGGGUGUUUUCCCAAAUAAAUCUCAUGAAAACAAACCAAAGAAAUAAACUAGACGCUGACACUAUUUCGGCAUUACUACACACCAAAAGUUACAUUGGUGAGAAUAACUGCCACGAUUUUAUUGUAGAAAAGAAGAUCAUACAAAGUAUGACAUCCCAUAAUUUGUAUAAAAAUACUUAAGCAGUAAAAAUAAA